CUGAACCAUAUCGAUAGACAUCGAUAGGCAAAGCCUAUUGAAAUUCACAGUUGCCGUCAAUUGGAGCGUUUGCGGUGUUUGGUCACACAAUUUAUGCUUGCAUUUCGUCUGUGUAAAUUUCAUUUCCCAAAAACCGACUUUGUUAAGUUAAGCAAAUAAGAGUGUUUAAUAUCGAAGUGAGAAAAGCAGCAGUUUGGUGCAGUUAAAUAUAAUUUUUAUUGAACACGCGGACGUACACGUUUGAACCCAAGCUGUAAGCAAUCGACGCCUUUUAAGCCAUAAAAAAUAUUCUACACAAACGACUAACUCAACGAUAAGUGAACGGAAGAGGGGCAAAAGGAGGAAGCAGGAGGCGGAGGAGGAGGAGGAGGAGGAGGAGGAGGAGCACCGCCCAUAGUGGUGGCCACCUGCUGCUCCAGAAGCUCCACAAACAACUGCCGCAAUGAAGGUGGAUACCGUGAAGCUGAAGAAGGGCUCCUCUGAGCUAACGGCCGAAUGCCGCGAGCUCAUCGAUGAGCUGACCAAGCGGCGAACUCGUGCCGAGCUCCUCGAGUUCCUCGACACCGUCCAUGUCUGGAUCUAUGGCAAGUGCGAGCUGUAUCACUGGAUCGAGAUCCUCGAUCGCUUCGACAAGAUCCUCGAGGAGGCAUCGCGCCAUGUCAACGGCAACGAGUUCGUGCUGCAGUGCGACACCAACUUCCAGGAAACGGUAAGGACAACGGAUGUCACACUACUGUUGCACGUACUCAACUUUACCACACUGCUGAUCGAGCACUCGUUCUCGCGUCACCUGUACAACUCCAUCGAACAUCUGACGGUGCUGCUCUCUUCUCAGAACAUGGACAUUGUCCUGGCCGUCCUCAAUCUGCUCUACAUGUUCUCAAAGCGCAGCAACUUUAUACCCCGCCUGCCGUUCGAGAAGAAGGAGCUACUGAUCGUCAAACUCUUCAACAUAGCCGAGCGCUGGGGCGAUCCUAAUUAUGGCCUGUCGCUCAAGGACUGCUGCAUUGGCGAGCCAAAGCUGGAAUUCCUCUACCAGCUGUGUAUCGACUAUGUGGACGAGCAUGGUCACGCCGCCCAGCUAGAAAUCCCGGACAUGAUGGACCUCUGCCACACGGCAUCAGCUCCCGAGGUGAUCAAAACGAUUGCCGGACAGAUCUCAAAGCCCAGUGAGGCAAUCAAGAUGCGCAUUGCCCAUCGGGUGCGCUUGAUCUCAGGCUUCAACAACUACAAACUGCGACUGCAGUUCGUCCAGGCGCGCCUUCAGGCUGUCUCCAUUCUGAUCUACUCAAAUGCCCUGCAGGACAACACGGACAAGGUGUUAUAUGCCGGCUUCGGCGAAGAGCUGUGCGAGCUGAUUGACAAAGAGGACGUACAUCUCGUAGAGAUAAGGGCGGCAGUUCUCCGCACACUCACAUCGAUGCUGCACUUCGACCGCAAUCCGAAUGUGCCAAGCAGGGCCGGGUCGCGUCUGAUGAAGAUCGUUCACUACACAGGAGCCGAGCGGCAGGGCGGGACGCUGCCGCUGCUGGUUCGUGACUGCAUUGAUAAUCUAACCACCCACGGGUUAACCGAACGUUACCCGCUCAUAUUGGCCACCUCGCUUUUCUCUUUGCUGUACCACCUGGCGAGCUAUGAAAUGGGAGGCACUGCUCUGGUUAAAAGCGGCAUGAUGCAAUCCCUGCUGUGCGUAAUCAGCUGGCCAGGAGUAGAUCUCGAGCACAUCACGUUUGUGACGCGGGCAGUGCGUGUGAUCGAUUUGAUCACCAACAUCGAUAUAGCACGUUUUCACCAGAACAACGGACUUAACGUGUUCAUUGACCGGCUGGAGAAGGAGAUAAAGAGCUGCUGCAAGGCAUUGGCUGACAUUGGCAUCACGCUGAAGGAGUCGACACUCCGCGACGAUCACAAGUUGGACACCUCGCUGGACCACGUUGACGAGGAUGUGGAAGAUGGUUCCGGAGAGAACGCAUCCGUGGCCAGUGGAAAUGCAUCGCCGCGUCGCGAUAACUCCAGUGAUGGCGUAACAAGCAACAUCGUAUACAGAGCUUACCACGAGCAUAUGGGUGGUGCUGGAUCAGGAGCGGGACUCCUGGACAUUGGUGGAGCACGCGGCUCGUCUAGCGGCGGAUUAUCAGGUACAUCCGGAAUGGGUGCGGGAUCAAUUAACAGAGAUGGGGGUGCUGCUCGCCCGCCGGCUAUUAUGUAUCCCACAAAUAGCUACUACGCCCGUCCACUGGCCGAACGCAAGGCGGAGCUCUCUUCGCAGCUGCCUAGCAGCCUGGCGCCGAAGAAGCCGUCCUGCGUCACUCAGCGAGCGGCGCUACUUAAGUCAAUGCUGAACUUCUUGAAGAAGAGCAUCCAAGAUCAUGCCCACUUUAGCAACAUGCGCAACAUCAUGGAGACUAGUCUGACCCAAUCGCUGCGCCAUAUCAUCGCCAAUGCGGAAUACUACGGACCGUCGCUGUUUCUCUUGGCCACCGAUGUGGUCACUGUGUACGUGUUUAACGAACCAUCGCUGCUAUCUUCGCUGCAGGAUCUGGGCAUUACCAGUGUCAUGCUAAAGGCGCUGCUCCAGAAGGAUGUGCCAGCAACCCGAGAGGUGCUGGGUUCCCUACCCAACGUAUUUUCCGCUUUGUGUCUAAAUGAGCGCGGAUUGUUCGAGUUCCUUUCCUACGAUCCAUUCGACAAGGUGCUCAAGGUGCUGCUUUCGCCGGACUACUUGGUGGCCAUGAGACGCCGCCGCUCCUCGGAUCCGCUGGGCGAUACAGCAACCAACUUGGGCAAUGCCAUGGAUGAUCUGAUCAAACACCAUCCCUAUUUGCGGGCCGAUGCCACGGAGGCUAUUGUGAGGCUCUUAAACGAGCUGGUUCGCCUUGGCUCUGAUCCCAGCUUCAUUUGCUGGCGAGCGAACAAAGAAAGCAGUGGCUCUGGCUCUGGUUCCGGGACCCAUGGCGGCGGCCAUCACGUGGCCUCAACACCAUCGCCAAUGGUCAUGGUAGCUGGCACGGGAAGUUCUUCAUCGGUCCUCCAGGGUGCAGCGGAUACAAACGAUAGCAGCGGAGAUGAUGACGACGAUGAUGACGAAAUGAGCUCCGCAUCACAGCAGCAGCAGCAGCCCACGACACCGGGCCAAGGUGGAGGACCAACCACACCCAGGACACAACAGGCGGGUGGAGUUGUUGGAGUUGGAGCUGGAGCUACAGGAACGCCGGCAGCCGCAUCGCAAGCCGUUAAAGUAGUGACGCCACCGGAGCGGGAGGCCAUCCCUCUCAUCGACUACAUCCUCAAUGUGAUGAAGUUUAUCGAGGCGAUAUUCAGCAACAGUCCUAACGGCGAUCACUGUCGCGAGUUUGUGCUCCAUGGGGGGCUGAAGCCCAUCCUGCAGCUGUUGUCGCUGCCCAAUCUUCCAGUGGAUUCGCCCGUGUCCACCACCUCCCAAGCGGUGGCCAAUGUCUGCAAGGCCAUACUCAGCCAGGCGCAAGAAACCAAGGUGCUGGAUGUUGCACUCAAGCAGCUGGCGGACAUUGUGGCCCAGCUGAAGCCACUGAUCAAACACUUCACUUUUCCCGGCGGCAGUGUCCUGCUGGCGGAGCUGGUCUGCUGCCAGCGUCUGGAGGAUGGUUUUGCCAACGCCGAAUAUACACCCAUCCUGCACAACAUGAGUUUUGUGCACGGCUACGUGGUGAUGCUAGUGCAUCUCUGCCGAAAUGCCUCCAACGACAUGCGAACCAUUCUUCUAAAGCGGUGGGGUGUCAAUCGCGAGACCGGCGUCCAAUUGCUGCAGCAGCUCGUGCAGCUGUACAUCUCACUGGUGUGGGAGAGCACCAUACUGCUGAAUUUAUGUUCCGAUGAACCCACCCAGCAUCCGGAUCUUAUCUGGGAUGAGAUCGCAGCCCAAAUGUCAGCAGCAGCUGGUACUGCGGAUCCCCUAACCGAGGCGGAGCUCUCGAGGAAACUGGAACGCGCUGCGGAAUUCCGUACAAAGUAUACACCCGAGGAGCAGUUCCGAUACAUCAAAUCCCUGCUGGCGGCGAGCUCCCGGCUGGGAAGAGCCCUUGCUGAGCUUUUGGGCACUUUGGUGAAACUAUCGGUGGGAUCACCGCAAACACGGCAGCGCCGCAUCAACGAUUUGAUCAGUAAUAUCAGCAAAGUUCCUACACCAGAAGCGCGCGAAAUAGCCCGCAUCCUCAGUUCGAUCCUCGUGAACGGAUUUAGUCACGAGAGCAUUCUACCCAAGCCUGUGCCGAAACUAAAGCUCACCUUCCUCAUUUGCUCGGUGGGAUUCACGGGCCCAAUGCUGUUCGACGACAAGCGCAGCGCCUUCCAUCUAAUGAUAUCGCAAUUCUGCGCUGAGAACGGACUGAAGGCCUUCUUUGAGAUGUUCUAUUGGGCCCUGUCGCUGGAUAAUGUAUCCCAGAAAUUCGAGUUCGAUCAGUGGGCUUCCAUGGAGGAUUUGAUGCAAUCCCAUGAGGAUGACAAACGUGAUUGUCCGGAGGGCACGGGCGAGUUUCUCGAUGCAUGGCUGCAGCUGCUCGAGAAGAUGGUCAAUCCUCGAGCCAUGUUGGACUCGCCGUACACGAUGAGUCCUCGUCUGAAUUACAUGCCCGACUCGGUUCCAUUUGAGCCGGUCUUCUACCUAAUACACAUCCACCAGCUAGCCAUGCAAGCACUGCGCAGAAUCUGGGCACGACGCCCGAUUCCCAACUAUGGACCGAGCAUGUUUGAGACCAUGAUUCUCAUCCUAAAGCAUCUGAUCAAGUCACACCAGACGCUGUUGGAUCGCUAUCACACGCGAAUGAAGGAGAUCAAGUUCGAGAACCUUUACAUCCGGAGCACGGAUGAUGGUCUGAAUGCGGAUCACAUCAAGACGUUGACGGACAUGGGCUUCAUGCACUACCAUGUAAUCGAAGCGCUGAGAACAAAUGCGUCUUUGGAAGAGGCAACCGAUUACCUGCUUAACAACCCAGAGGCAAGUUCCUUAUCGACGACUGGCGGUCAGUCGGGUGGCUCAGCUCCACCGCCGCCGCCACCGCCAUCGGCUUCGACGAUGGACAUUGACGUGGACGUGCCCGCGGAUGGGGAGUCGACGCAAAGCAAAUCCUCCACUUCGCCCAAUUCCAGCUAUGACUACAAGCACCUUAAAUUGAUGCCUUCGCUAAUAUUUGAUCGCUUCUGCGACGAAGCCAUCUCGAGGGCCUUUGAAUUCAUGGAGGCAAUACCGGAUACGGUCAACAGUGCAGCUGAUUUGAUUGCCGUGCUGUACAGACGCCACAAUCACCUCAACAAGCAGGUCUUUGUCACCAACUUUGUGCGCAACAUCAUACAGUGGGUGGACUUCACAUUGCAGCUGUUCGAACCAGCCAAGACAACCGGAUCGAAGGCCUCACGCCUAGAGGAAUGCCUAACCGGAAUGACAGCCACCCGGCUGUUUGUACGACUCAAGACAUCUACUCUGCUGCUUGAGGAGAACUACAGUGAUCUACACCGACCUCUUGUGGAGGCGAUAACCGCCCAAGAUGCCAUGGUGUCGCUGGUCAAGCUGCUGGACUGCAUGAGCCAGUGGAUGUUGGAACAAUCGACCGAAACGAAUACCGGCCAGCAGCGUGCGACGGUGCCGCGUUGGGUGCAAAAUCUGGUGGACCUAAUCGAUGCCAUCGAUAGCAUCAGCCACAUCCUGCAGCGCAAGGCCAACAUGCGUGCAGUAAGCAGCGAUGUGUGGCGUUGGUACGACGCGUCCACAGGCAAGUGGAAUGCCUACUCGGAGGCCAACAACGAACUCAUCCGCAAUGCCUAUGCGGCCGGCGAACGCUGGCUGUACAUCAACAUUGGACGCCAGCGGUGCACCGUAAGCCUCAACUGCAUGACGCAGGUGAGCGAAGCAUCCGGAACACAUCGACCUGUCUGCCCGGCCCUGAAACUUAGCGAGGCCAUUACCUCUCUAAACAAUCCGGUAGGUCACCACAAGGUAGAGCAUCUACUUAAUCGCGUGGUGCGCACUGCACCCGACGGAUCAGGAACUGUGCACAGCGAUGAGUUGAUUUCACUGCGACAGCUGGUCAACUUUGCCGAUGGCCAGCAACCACAGCAGUCGGAGAAUUCUGCAAAUCCGAGCGAGGAGGCGACCAAUGAAGACGGCCCAGCUGCAGCCAAUAGCGGAUCUCCGCCAGCCACAAUGACGACGCGCAGCAAGACGCGGCAGAAGAGCGCGGCUGCUGCAGCAGCUGCCAAGAACAAGUCUCAGUCGGGUGGUUCGCCACCCAUACCCAAGCGCACCCAAAAAAUCAUACUCAACGAGGAGCAGGUGGGCCUUAGCAAGUUCGACUGCGGCCGCAUCAUUGGCAGCAUUGUGGAUCUACUGCAGCCAUCACAUCAGAUGCUUAACGAGACGAAGCUUUCGCUGCUCCGUCUCUGUGCGAGAUUGACGCGGAACUACGAUAACGCCCAAGUGUUCAUCCGACGCGGCGGAGUACGAAUGCUGCUGCACCUGCAGCAGGCAUGCAGUUUCAUGGGUUUCCCUACCUAUGCGAACAUUAUACUGCGUCACGUUCUGGAGGCACCGCCCGUGCUCCAGGAGGCCAUGGAGCGCGUACUGGGCAUGCGAGCAGCUGGUAUAGUGCCUGUGGGUCAUCGCGACCUCAUCUACGUGCUCACCCAGGUGUCGUCAGCGGUGUCGCGCAAUCCGCAGAUUUUCGUGGCCGCCGCCAAGGAAAUGCUUAAAGGCGAGUAUCUAAUCAACACGAACAGCACCACAUUGACAGACGAUGCCCGUGUCAUGGUCAAGUCCAAGUUUGGCCAGCAACCGACGGCGGCAGCUGGCGGUGCCACGCCACAUAACCAGACGCCGACACCACCGCCAGCGGCCAAGGAUGAGCUGAAGGACGAUCCUCAGGUGCAGUCAUCGGUGGCCGUGCUCAAGGAACUGUUGCAUGGACUGGUGCAGCCGUGCUGGCAUUACGGCGGCACUGGAUCUCCCGAUCGCGGACAGGGCGCUGCGGAGCUACUGCAGCCGGAUCAGCCGCCAGGCACGGCGCAGGGAUGCCACGAUGAUGAGUUAUAUUUCCGCUUCCAGGAAACUCCCGCACCCGUCUCCAGCAAGAAGCAAUCUUCCAGCGGCGGAGGUGCUGCAGCUGCUGGCCAAGCUGGCCAGGCGACGGAAAAGUUCGAGCCAUGCUGUUGCACCUGGCACAUACCGACCAGCGGACACACCCAUGCCAAGCCGACCAUCUCGAGGGCAACCUUGCUGAAACUGCUGGCGGAUUCAACCAGGGCCUACCAGUCGCUGGUGCCGCGUGUCCUCUUGUCGCACGUUUACACACCGGCGGACAGUCCCCUGAUCUCCGCACCUCAACAGACGUUCCUGGGCGUGCUCCUUGAUCGCUUCCUGCCCAUAACCCAACGGCAUCAUGUGCCCGAGGUCAGCACAAUGACGCGCGUACUGAUCUGCUCCCUAUCGGACUGCUAUCAACAGCCCGGAGUCCAGGUGCAUGUCGCCGAGGAGCUGCACGCUGCGGUCGCCAGAGCCCUGGCCCAGCCGGAUUCGGCCGAGAAGCACACGAGAUUGCAGGUCUUGAUGAGCCUUUUCCCCAAUCUCAUUGAGUCGCCAAUGCUUUACGACAAGGUGCACAUGCAUCGCAACAAUAUGUACCGGGUGCUCCUACGCCAGGGCGUAAUGACCUAUCUGACGAAAGUGGCGCAGUACAAAGAUCUGUCCAAUCACAAUACGCUAAGCACCCUUGCGGCCAUUCUGCGACCGAUGGAGAUCCUGCUGAGAUUCAGCGUGUCCACCACAACGCUGGGCUCGAAGAGGAUUCUCUUUGGCAGUGGCGGCCCUGGCGGUCCGAAUGCGUCUGGCAAUGGCAACAACACUGCCGGCGGCAGCAGUGGCAACGGACCAGGAUCUGGCAACACGUACGGGACCAUUAUUAACCGGCGACUAUAUCCUCGUCUGGCGGCACGCACUGGUUUCGGUUCCGCUAUGGAGCGUUCCAAUGCUAUGGGUGGAGAGCACGUUUUGCGAGAUAUCAUACGGAAUGUACUGUCGGAUCGGCGACAUGCCUUCGAGUUCAUCUUCAAUUCGGACGAUAUGGCCGUGGACUCUGAGGACGCAGCUGCUCCAGGAUCUGGAGUGGGUGGAGGUGGCUCUGGAGCGGGCAGUGUCGGAGGAGGCGUGUCUGGAUCAGUAUCGGGUAGCAGUUCCGCAGCCGUUAUCGACGUAGUCGAGGAGCGUAGCAAUGGCGGAGAUACCAACGAUCCUCCGGCAAACGUGAGCUCUGCAUCAUCUGGUGCAGGACAGUCCUCGACCAGUGGCGGCCCAGUGCGUCCAGUGGUCAACUUCGAUCAACUGUGGGACGAUUUCCUGCAGAGCGAGGGACUGCGUCUGGCUUCGCGGAGUGGCGGUGGCGCCGGAUCCGGCAAUGGAUCCGUUGGAGCAAGCUCAUCCGGGCAGCAGAACGGAAGCAACACCACAGCCAGUUCGACCAACUCAGGUAACAAUUCCGGGAUCGGAAAUCUUCGCUUGCGCACCAAUCCCGAUGUUGAUGUAGGCAGUGGCAAUGGUAGCGGCAGCGGCAGCGGGUCCAACGCAGGUGUGGUCAACGACAAUGGAAUCAGCGGCGGCGGUGGAAGUGAUGGUGCGUCCACCUCUUCAGACACGGGAGCUCCAGGUGGUGCUCGUGAUUUGAACGCCUCACUGCUUGGCGAUGUCAGUACCUCAGAAUCUGAUUCGGAUCCUUCCACAGAGAACGACGAGCGCAAUGAGGAGGACGAAGAUGAGGAUGAUGACGCUCCCGAUGAGGAUGUGGAUGAGCACAGUGAGACGGAUGUGGACGAAGAGCGAUCGCGCCAGUUUAUCGAGGUCUUCGAUCACAUCUAUGAGCCGGAAUCAUCUGAAACAGCGUCCAACGAUGCAGAUGUUGAUAACGAUGAUGAUGAUGACGAGGACGAUGUGGACGACGACGAUGAUGACGACGAAGACCACGACGAUAUUGUUCGGGAGGAGGCCCAGAGCGUCAUGGAUGCAGAGAUCGAGAACCAAAUCGAUAUCGCCCUCGCCCUGGUCUCCUCAAACAAUCGUCCCAGACGCAGUGCAGCGGUUAAUGCAUCUGGCGAUGGUUCCGCCAAUCGAACCAAUCCCGAUGACGAAGUGGACGAUGAGGAUGACGAUGUAGAUGCUGAUCCCGAUGAAGAUCCGGAUGUGGAUCCAAUUAGCGGACCAUCGGCAGCCCAGGCGGAGGCCUAUCUGUACGAGCGAUUAGGCAGCGGCCUAAUGCCAACACCACCGGUUGGUUUUCGUGUCCGAAUGAACAGCUCUAUUGCCCAACCACUUGAUAUUGAUGUGAAUGGCGGCAAUGCGGGAAGUGGAAGCAAUGCGGGCGCCACAGGAUCGUCCGGGGGCGCUGGCCAAAGAACUUCUACGGGCGGCACAACAGCCAGUAUUGGAGCAAUUGCCUCUGCCGCACUGCGCCCAUCAUCUGGUUCGUGGAUGGCACCGGACUUUAACUUCAUUCGAAUGUCGAUCGGGGAAAACUCCAUGGGCAGCGGACCAGCUCUUGGUGGCAACGCCAACGGUGGCGAUAUGAACGUCUUCCCAACGCCCUCCAUGUCACUAGAGCGCGUUGGUGGUGCACCUGGCAGCGGCCAGACUAUGAGUGAGCUGCUAAACGAACAACCAUCGGGGGCUGGCGUAGGUGGCGGAGGAUUAGCCUCCGGCGGAGGCGGGGUCGGUGCAAACGGUGCAAACAGUGGCACCACGGGACAACAUCCGAAUGCAACGCUCUGCACGAACGGAGUGCGGCGUCGUUUGCUAUAUCUGGACCAGCAGUACUGCGUGUGCAUGCCCACGCAUCAGAACCCCACUGAAGAGACCCAGAUGGAGACUUUCACACAGGAUGCUCUUCACUGGUGGCUAGAAGAGGCCACGCUCCUCGAUAUGGAAAGCCAGACGGACGCCUGUCUAUAUGCCGCACAUUUUCUGCUGCCACAUCUCAUCAAGGAGCUGAAAACAGCGCACCAGCAGCGCAAGCAGGAGGAAGCCGCCCGCCAAUCCACAACACCGGUGACGGGUUCAAGUGCAUCUGCAACAUCCUCCAGCACUACGUCAGCUGUGGGCACAGCAGCGCCCACAGCGACAUCAUCGAUUGCGUCCGGUUUACUGGCGAACGCCGUCUCUGCGGGCUCAGGAAACAGCAGUUUGGUAGUGCCACCAGUGGCAGCAUCUGCCACGGGCGGCACCCGGCGCAGUUCGAUUCCUGUGCUAAUUCCGUCAACAUUUGGUCCUAGUAGCGCUACCAGCGCGACAAGUGCAACGGGAAACGGUGCCACCAACGAUGCCACGACAACAACUGGUGGACCAACCAGGCUUUUCUCGUCCGUUGACAGCAGCAUUGCGUCCUCGGAGACGCAAACGACAACCCGAUCGUCACGCCAACGUGGUGGAUUGCGUCAGCACAGUCAGCUGCCCUUCAACAUUUACGCUGAGAUUGAUUUAACUAACGAACAGGAUAGCGAAGGGGCCACAGGGACAGCAGCGGAUGGAGCUGAAUCACAGCCACAGCAUAACUCCCCUUCUUCGGCGGCACAGGUGGCGGUGCCUCAGUAUCAUCAUCAGCGCCAUCCACCGGUGCCACUCCUACCGUCCAGCGGAAGACCAUCGCGACCCCACUCGCGUCUUGAUGAGAGAGAGAUGCUCCUCAUGCAGAUACGCAACCGGAUGCAAGGAUCCAGCGGACGCACUUCAGGCUCGGCGCUUAUUAACGCCCGGCCUAAUCGCGACCUACCCAACUGUCUGCAGCGUCAUGACCACCCGGCCGGCUCCAUUUACCCCCGAUCCAGUGCGAACAGAACGUCAGCUCCGACUAUUGUGUCCAUCCCGACGGCAAUGUCUAAUGCGAUACUGGAGCAGAUUAAUGUCACCGCUCCGGAUAUGGUGCGAAGAGACAGAAACUUUGCCUUGCCAUCUUCCCUGGAGGUUGAUGUGGAUGUGCUGCCUGGCAUUCUGGACUUGCCGCAGCAGGAAGCACAACCAGAGGACGAUCAGUUGUUGCUGCCACCACCUCCGCCGCCACCGCCCAGUGAUACGACGCCAUUGGUCCACGCCGAGGACGAACUGUGGCCCGGAACGGUGGUCAGUGCUGGUACUAGAGAGGAGUCAUCCGCUCCAGCAGUAGCCGCAGAAAACACAGAUGCUGUAAGCGACACAAAUCAACCGGAACCGACGCCAGAAAGCAGCGAAUCUACUUCUCCAAAUCCGCAGGCUCCUUCAGCAGAACCAACCCUAUUGGAACCAGGCGCAGCAGUAGAUGCCUUAGUUGCUUCACAAACGCCAUCAACAACAGAGGAGGCCGCCUCUACUGGUGGAGCGAGCGGAACAACAGCCACCAUAACGGACAUGAGUCCCGAGGUGCGGGCUGCUCUCGGGGAUCUCGAGGUGCCCGAGGGCGUGGAUCCCUCCUUCCUGGCCGCUCUGCCCAGCGAGAUGCGCGAAGAGGUUAUCCAAGAGCAUCUUCGCAUGCAGCGCAUCCGUCAGCGAGCGCAGCAGAAUGCAAUCCAAAUUGCCCAUGACUCGCUGGUCGAGGUCAACCCAGAAUUCCUCGCCGCCCUCCCACUAAACAUACAGUCGGAGGUGCUGAUGCAGCAGCGCAUCGAGCAGCAGCGACAGGCGGCUCAGACUGCCAAUCCGGAGGAUCCCGUUGACACAGCUGCUUUCUUCCAAAACCUGCCAGAGAAUCUGCGCCAAGCUAUACUCACCGACAUGGAGGAGUCACAGAUAGCCAGCUUGCCGCCGGAGCUGGCUGCCGAGGCACAGUUCCUGCGUCGCGACUGGGAAUCUCGCAACGGCGCCCGCAUGGACGCUCAUCCGACCACCAAUGCCUUAUCCCGGUUCCAGACAACGCUCCAGAGCCUGGACGACACACGCUGGCACAGCUCCAUUUGGUAUGAUGCGAGUGGCAUUGCCCAGCCGCAACACCAUCAGCAUACAACGAUUGUGCAUCAACAUGCCCACGCACAUCAUGCCCCGAACAUGGGCAAACCACUGGCCCUGUUGAUGAUGGAGGACGAGAACAUUCUGCUCGAUCCGGACUCGCUGGCCACACUCCUGCUCUUCCUGUUCGUGGAGGAUCAGAAGGUAAACAGCAUGCGACUGCAUCGCGUCAUACGCAACCUGUGCCACCACGAACCCACCCGCGACUGGAUCAUCAACGCCCUGAUCAGCAUAAUUCAGAAGACGAACGAGGACAACGGAAACUUCGGUGCGGGCCAAGCGGGUGGCAAGCCGGAGUGGCUGAAGCUGCGUGUGGACGCUGCCUUUGGCUACAAGAGCAACAUAUUCCUGAUUAACCGAAUGUACGAGGGCAGUGCCCGGAGCAUCAGCAUCAAUCCGCAGGCGGCACAGAUGAUAGUGCGAAACUGUCUGGACCUGCUGUUCGUGCUGGCCAAACACUAUCCGUCCAGCUUUGUGCCCUAUAAUCGCGAUGUGAAGGCCAGGCGUAUAUUGAGUGCGGUAUUUGGCAUGCCAUCGCCCACGGCCGGAUCAGGUGGAGGCGCAGGAUCUGGAUCUGGAUCUGCAGCGUCUGGCGGUUUGACAGGCUACGAUGACGUGCCACCAGGUGGAACUCUGGACUUCCGCUCAAGAUUCUGUCGCUAUCAGGUGGUCAAUCGUUUACGUAGCAUAUUCGACGAUCAUCCUGCCCCGAAACCCUCAGUGCCCUUGGAUGAAGCACCAUCCACAUCAAAGGCGGCGGCAGCAAAGGCAGCUGCCACGGCCAAAGUGUCCACUGCUGGGAGCCAGAAUAAGCACUCUGUGCCGUACCAGACUAACGCGAAGAACUUCUGGGAUGUUGUGCUUAACAUCGAUCAACAGACACAAGUGCGAUUGGCCAAUGUGGCCCAGUUUCCGCUCACCUCACAGCCGGCGUGGGAAUGGCAGGCGAAUACAGCGGAUUUCCUCUCGUUCAGCGAUUCACCCUUCGGCCAGUUGCUGGAAAUGCUUCCCUACAAGGUUAUAUGCCGAUCGCCCCAUCUUACCGAUAUGCUGGUCAAGCUGCUCGCCUCGCUCAGCACAGAGUUGCCCAAGGAGGAGGAGCUGUUGCCGCUAAGCGAUCAAAUGCCCCCACUGGUACCCAUUAGUCAGGUGGCGAGAGCUGCAGCGGCAGCGGCACCACCACCACCACCACCACCACCACAACAACAACCUGCCGAGAAUACCCAGCCCACAGCAACAGCAACAGAAAUUGGUGACGGUCUGGCCGCCAACAUUGAGGAGCAGGCUGCUCCGGCCAGCGGUAAUCCUGCCUCCGGUGAUAGCAAUGCGGGAGCGAAGCGCACCCAAAUGCCAACUUUAAGUGUGGCCCUGCCGGUGGCGCCAUCGAAACCGCGUCGCAAGAUCUACUCGAAGAACUUUUCGCAGCUUCAGCUGGUCAUUGAGGUGCUGACGCACCAGUGCGGCACCACCGAGGGCCUGGACAACGUAGCCAAGCUGAUUGUGAAUCUAACGCAGUGCUCGCAGGCAUCUACUGCCAUUUUCAUUCAGUACUUGACCGCUGCGAUAUUGGGAUUGGCCGAGGAAGUACGUCAAGCGAUACAGAUGCUGCUCAACGAGAUUCGCAUGUAUAACAUUCAUCAAGGCGUGGCCAGCACCACCUCACAGGCGGCGUCCACUUCCGGGGCAGCUGUAGCAACACCAUCAUACGUACCCACAGUAUCCGGAGCCAGUCUCUUGCCAAACUUGGCCGUGCACGAGGGCAUAAUGCAAGAUCGCUUCACCGCCGAGCACGUGAUCAUCUCGGCACCAAAGAAUGCCAAGCCCACCUGCGAGUUGCAGCUGCCGUCGAUGAAGAAACUCAUGUCCAACUCGUCCGCCCAGCCGUACUUCCUGCGAACCCUGAAGAUCUUCAUGCAGGUACGCGACAUGUAUGAGGCGCAGAACGGCGUGUCCACUGGCGGUGGAAUCGCUGGUGGUGCCGGCGACAACGACGACGAUAUCAUCGAUAUUGAGGGUGAUGGAGGUGCUUCCGGCGGCAGCAGUUCGGAUAUGGCUCCUGGGUCUGCCAGCACAAUAUCUCCACCACCGCCAAUGGAAACCAAUCAGACCGCGCAAGAUGGCGAUGACGACGAGGAAGAAGAAGAUGAGGCCAGAUCUUUCCCGGGAGUUGGCGUGGCAAGCGCUAGCAAGUCGACCAAGCCUACUCUGAGUCAGAUCCUCUGCUUGGACGUGCUGUGGAACACGCUCAGCGAAUGCCUGGUGGCAUUGGAGGAGUCCAAGGACGAGUUCGCCGUCCUGGUGCUGCAACCGACCGUGGAGGCCUUCUUCCUCAUCCACGCCUCGCAUCGCGGUGCGUCCAAGAAGCCGGGUCGCAGCUUUAUGCCUGGAACUGUGAGCUUUGGACUGCGAGCAGCCGCCGGCGGUGGAAUCGGAGGACUGGGAGCAGCCGCAUCAUCCGCCCAGGCGUACAGUCCCUUGAUGGACGAUGUCAGCAGCGCCAACACCACCAGUUCUGCUAGUUUCGAUGAUGAGCCGCGAAUGCAAGAUGCAUCCACGAAUACGCCGCUGGCCAACGCCUCGACCAGCACAGCGUUGAGCGCGCACGAGGCGCAGCUCAGACAGGACCGGCAAAAAUUCCUACAAUUCGCCGAGAAGCACCGCACCGUGCUUAACCAGAUACUGCGACAAUCACCAACUCAUCUCUCCGACGGGCCGUUUGCCGUGCUUGUGGACCACACACGCAUUCUCGACUUUGAUGUCAAGCGCAAGUACUUCCAGACGGAGCUGGAGCGGCUGGACGAGGGCAUACGGCGUGAGGAGCACACGGUCAGUGUUCGUCGCGUAACCGUUUUUGAGGACUCGUUCCGUGUCCUGUACCGUCUGGGUCCGGAGGAGUGGAAGAACCGCUUCUACAUCGUAUUUGAGGAUGAGGAAGGCCAGGACGCUGGCGGCCUGUUGCGCGAGUGGUAUGUGAUCAUAUCGCGCGAGAUCUUUAAUCCGAUGUAUGCCUUGUUCUGCGUAUCGCCGGGCGAUCGCGUCACCUACAUGAUAAAUCCCUCCAGCCAUGCUAACCCCAAUCACCUGAGCUACUUCAAGUUUGUCGGCCGCGUAAUUGCCAAGGCUGUGCACGACAACAAGUUGCUGGAGUGCUACUUCACUCGCUCAUUUUACAAGCACAUCCUGGGCAAGCAGGUGAAGCACACGGACAUGGAGUCGCAGGACUACGAGUUCUACAAGGGCCUCGACUAUCUGAUGAAGAACGACAUCUCCACCCUGGGCUACGAGCUGACCUUUUCCACCGAGGUGCAGGAGUUCGGUGUCACCCAGAUCCGGGAUCUCAAGCCAAACGGACGCGACACCGCCGUGACCGAGGAGAACAAGUUUGAGUAUGUGCAGCUUGUGUGCCAGCUCAAGAUGAGCGGCUCCAUUCGACAGCAAUUGGACGCAUUCCUUGAAGGCUUCUACGACAUAAUUCCAAAGCAUUUAAUUUCGAUAUUCAACGAACAGGAACUGGAACUUCUCAUAUCCGGCCUGCCGGAUAUUGACAUUGAAGAUCUAAAGGCGAACACCGAGUACCACAAGUACACCUCUAAAUCGGCGCAGAUUCAAUGGUUCUGGCGUGCACUGCGUAGCUUUGACCAAGCGGACCGCGCCAAGUUCCUGCAAUUCGUCACUGGCACAUCGAAGGUGCCGCUGCAGGGCUUCGGCUCGCUGGAGGGCAUGAACGGGAUUCAAAAGUUCCAAAUCCAUCGGGACGAUCGAUCCACUGAUCGCUUGCCCUGUGCACACACCUGCUUCAACCAACUGGAUCUGCCCAUGUACAAGUCAUACGACAAGCUGCGGAGCUGCCUGCUGAAGGCCAUACACGAGUGCUCCGAGGGCUUUGGCUUCGCCUAAGAUGCGACAACUGUGGCGGCAGCGCCAACCACCAGCCGGCCGGGCCGCCGGUAACCAACCAACUACGGACGCAACACUAUUCCUACAACGCCAUCAAAUGCAUAGGCGCAACGACGAGAAAUGCAUAAUUGAUUUGAAUUAACCGGAAAAUAACAGAACAGCCACUGCAAAUUUGCGAUAUCGGCAACAGAAACUGCAUACAUAAACAGUACAUAUAGUUAUAUAGUAUAUAUAAAAAUGUUGAAUUAAUUAUUAAUUUUCGCGCCUAUAUAUAUACAAUAUAUAUUUUCUUAAAUUUUCAAAAGAAAACGGAAGAAAUCUAAGGAAACCUAACAAAAAAAAAAAAAAAAAACAAAAAAAUGAAAAACUGAUACAGACGCGAAACAGUAUAUUCGAUUUAAAAUUCUCUGCGCAACUCAUCUUAUUUUUUAUAUUUUUUUGAAUCUAUCUCUGUCGUUUUGCACAUUUUUAUCAAAAGAAAAGGAUUUAUAUAAGGAAACACACAAUUUGACACAUUUUCAUUUACCCAAACGCGAAACCGAAUAGAAAAGGAUUAAACGUAGUAUAUAGAUCGCAAAUGCACAUAAACAGAUUACACACUUGGGUUACUUGUUUACUUAAGUGAAUGUACGUACCGAAGAUAAAGGGAAGCAACAGAAAACAUAUUUAAAUGGAUUAAAGUAUUUUGAUGUAAGAGAUAAGUCCUUAUGUUAAUGAAUUUUAUGUUUAAUUUUGAAAUAAAGAGCCGCAGAUGUAACUUAAAGAAUCUGGAAUAAAGAAUAAGCUCAUUUAUCACAAUAAA